AUGGUUGCUAGGACAGGAUUAAGUCCUUUGAUAGUGUGUUUGAUAGACACCGACGAUCAGGGACUUAUAUCCUCCUUUGUCGAGAGGUGGCACCGGGAGACUUCUAGUUUCCAUCUUCUUGUGGGGGAGGUUUUGAUCACGCUGGACGACGUCAUGUCUCUUCUCCAUCUGCCGAUCGUUGGCGCAUUCCAUGACAUCCAGCCUUUGUACAGCGACGAGGCGAUGCUAUUGUUGGUUGAGUUACUGAUGGUCUCACCAGAGGUGGCCAUGGCCGAGACAGGCAAAUAUGGUGGACCAUAUUGUUGGAUAUACGAGCACUUUCCGUCAUUUGCGGAGUGCAAUGCUGAUCUGGACUACGACGAGGUGUCACCACGUGCGUGUCGGUGGAUUGUGACAAAGAAGACUGUGAAUAAGGUAUCUACAACGACGAACAGGCAACACCUGGAUCGUCUGAGGAUCCCAGAUGUCUGCUGGAUGCCAUAUGCGGAGCACCGACCUGUGCAGGACUUUCAUCCGAUUUCGUGCUUCUAA